AGGGUCGAGGAAUGUUUGGGGGCGGUGUAAGAGGGGAUCUACCUGGCUCGGAAAUUAUCCGCCAGAACCCUUCGCUUCGCAGCCCCACAAAAAUAUUCCUCCAUAUGCUGGCAACUUAGAUUGGGGGCUGAGGGCGGCAGGGCCCCGGGAGGCCGGGAAGUGCAGUCCAGGCUGCCUCUUCCUGAAGGUGGGGGGAGUCCGAGCUGCUACUGCUCCCCCUCAGAUUGGAUCCUCCCGCCACAACGGCCCAGUCUGCCAUGUGGUUGAGUUAGCCCGCCCAAUAUGAGGGCCUGCCCACCCCCCCCCCACACUCCAGCACCUGGCCAGGUGGGAGGGUGGGGCCCCAAAGCCCAACCUGGUGUGUUCAUCAGGUUUCCCCUAAGGACUGGGUCAGCUCAAAUUGAUGAGAUGCCUGAGGCCGCCGUGAAAUCCACAGCCAACAAGUACCAAGUCUUUUUUUUCGGGACCCAUGAGACGGCAUUCCUGGGCCCCAAAGACCUCUUCCCGUACGAGGAGUCCAAGGAGAAGUUUGGCAAGCCCAACAAGAGGAAAGGCUUCAGUGAGGGGCUCUGGGAGAUCGAGAACAACCCCACUGUCAAGGCCUCAGGCUACCAGUCCACCCCGAAGAAGAGCGCCGUGGACGAGCCUGAGCCGGAGCCUGAAGCCACGGAGGGGGAUGGUGACAAGAAGGGGAGUGCAGAGGGUAGCAGUGACGAGGAAGGGAAGCUGGUCAUCGACGAGCCAGCCAAGGAGAAGAACGAGAAGGGGGCACUGAAGAGGAGAGCGGGGGACAUGCUGGAGGACUCCCCUAAACGUCCCAAGGAGGCAGAAGACCCCGAAGGGGAGGAGAAGGAAGUAGCUCCCUUGGAGGGUGAGAGGCCCCUCCCCGUGGAGGUGGAGAAGAACAGCACCCCCUCUGAGCCCAGCUCUGGCCGGGGGCCUCCUCAGGAGGAAGAAGAGGAGGAAGAGGAGGAAGAGGCUGCCAAGGAAGAUGCUGAGGCCCCAGGCAUCAGAGAUCAUGAGAGCCUGUAGCCACCAAUGUUUCAAGAGGAGCCCCUGCCCCGUUCCUGCUGCUGUCUGGGUGCUACUGGGGAAACUGGCCAUGGCCUGCAAACUGGGAACCCCUCCCCCACUCCCCCCUGCUCUCUUCC